UCAGAACCACGAUAUCAUCGAUCGUCAGAGCAGCACGCAGCGUGUGCCUGUUAGCAUUAGCAUAGCGGGGAUGAGUUGAUUAACUUCCACAUAACCCACAUCUCCACCACGAUGACAGACUACGCUGAAGAGCAGAGGAAUGAACUCGAAGCUAUUGAGUCCAUCUACGAAGACUCGUUCACAGUGCUUACAGAGGAUCCCACCAGCUUCACCAUCACCGUAACAUCUGAUGUAGGGGAACAGGGUGAAAUUGCGGAAGCAACACUGAAGUUCACGUAUGUGGAGAAAUACCCAGAUGAGCCUCCCCUGUGGGAGAUCUUCUCCCAGGACAACUUGGAAGAUGUUGAUGCGGCCUCACUCCUCACUCUACUGCAGCAACAGGCAGAAGAAAACCUGGGCAUGGUGAUGAUCUUCACCCUGGUGACAGCUGUUCAGGAGAAACUCAACGAAAUUGUGGAUCUGAUGAAAAAUAGACAAGAGGAGGAGAAGCAACGUAAAGAGAGAGAAGCAGAGGAAGCAGAGAAGGUUACGUUCCAAGGCACAGUGGUAAACAUUGAAAACUUCUUGUUAUGGAAAUCCGGUUUUGAGUUGGAGAUGGCCGAGAUGAGGCAUAAAAAGCAGCAGAAGGAGGAGGAGCAGGCGUUGAAAACCAAACUCACCGGUAAACAACUGUUUGAGACAGACCACAACUUGGACACAUCCGACAUUCAGUUCCUUGAAGAGGCUGGAAACAGCGUUGAAGUGGAUGAGUCACUGUUUCAGGACAUCGAGGACUUGGACUUGGAUGAGGACGACCCUGACUUUGACCCUUUAGGGAUGGGCAGUGACGAGGAUUAAUGCCGAAGUACAACAGAGGAAUGACAGGACAGCACUACUCUUCUCUGGAACACGAUCAUCUGCUCAGAGGAUCCACCGGCUGCGUUUAUUUUUCAAAGACUUGUACGGCAGCUGUGGAACUCUUCGCAAAUACAACAUACACACCGAUACACUUACGGGUGUCCAUUUCUAUGCCUUUACAAUGGAAGGCAUCCCAGUGACAUGCAACGUUGGCCAGAAGAGGGCAGUACAAUGUCAAGUAUAGCCAGGGAAUGGAUGAAGUGUGCACGUUUCAACACCCCAACAUAUUCAUGUACUAAGUGACAAUAAGGUGACACUCAACCUGUUAGUUAGGUUCAAGUAAAAAAAAGUAUUGAUGGCAAAAUGUACGAUUGACUUUCAAGAUUAAAACUAAUUAUGGAA